UUUUUUUUUUUUUUUGCCUUCAAUGACCUCCGUCGAGCAGAUUCCUGUUGGCGAUUUGCACUGCCAACGCGAUACUUACUGUCGCGAAUUUACCACCCGAUGCGUUGACUGUUCUGAAAAGCCGAAUAAAAAGGGGCUGUACGAAGUCAAGCUUCAUGAUACCAUCUUAUUCCCAGAGGGAGGCGGUCAACCUUCCGAUACGGGUUUCAUCGAUGAUGUUCCCGUUGUCGAUGUUCAACGCAGACAGCUGCAACAUGUUCACUUCACUAAACAACCGAUUCAGGUCAGCAAGGAAGUCACUGUCAAACUUGACUGGCAACGCCGCUGGGAUCAUGUACAGCAACACAGUGGUCAGCAUUUAUUAAGUGCAGUGCUGGAACAAGAACCAUACAACUUGGAAACUGUGGGCUGGAACCUCGGUGAAAAGCGUAGCUAUGUGGAAUUGGGAACCGCCAAGGGUGGCCAGAAACCACCGAGCCAGGAAAUUCUCGAUCAAGUCGAGCGCAGGGUGAACGAUCUUAUUUUGCAAGAAAUUCCAGUCAUUCGUCACGUUCAAGUGAACGCCGAUGAUGGCGAGCGUCCCGACAGUUUGCCAGCCGAUUACAUCGGGGGUGGAUUGAUUCGAACUAUUGAAAUUCAAGACUUUGACAAAAAUCCAUGCUGUGGCACCCAUGUUCGCCACCUUGGUCACUUGCAGUGUCUGAAGAUCCUGAACACGGAAAAGGUGCGAGGUGGAAACACUCGGGUGUUCUUCCUAUUCGGUCAGCGCGUAUUAGACACAUUGAAUGCAAAUUACAAAGUUGAGCGUCAGUUGACGAGUUUGUUGUCCUGUCCUCUAGAAUCUUUUGUCGAUAGUGUCACCAAGAUUCAGCAGCAGAGCCGACAACACAUGAAACAAGCCAAACGUCUUUUGGCGGAUUUGGCCGAACAUACCGUAACUGAACUGGAAACGACACUGGCUACUCAACCGUUUGCGGUGAGUUACCGUGAUGAUGCCGAUAUGGAGUAUGUGUCGAUGAUUGCCACUUUGUUGAAAAACAAAAAGACGUUGGACGGUCAGGACAAAGUGGUGAUUCUCGCUGCGGGCGAAAAACAGGUUGGCGGUCCCAUCAUUGUGGUGGGUGGCAACGACGAUGUGGUGCAAAAGGCGAGUAAGACCGUCACCCAGACGAUCGAAGGUGUUAAGGGCGGUGGCAAAGGUCGUUGGCAAGGCAAAGCCAAGUCCUGGCAAGGCAUCGAGAAAUUGGAAGAAGCAUUGAAUGCUUUAUUUAUUUAGACCCAAACAAUAGAUCAAUAAUAAAAGAAAUCGGAUACUGUUCUUCACUCGGGGCACUCUUUAUUGUGAUUGUGCAAUGUUUCUCCGAAUUGAAGGCGUUUGCAAACAUGAG